GGUCGUUGGAGACGUUUGGAGUUGCUGCCGUGCCUUUCUUCUUCUUCUCGGCACUCCUCAGCGCGUGUUUCUGUGUUUGAUUGUGUUUUCAGCUGGAAUCGCUCAUAUAAAUAUUUUAGAUAAUGUGCAAUAUGGCAUAUGCAAAAUCAAAAUCAAAGGCAGUGCAAUAGCCGAAAUCGAGUGCAACAAAUUGGUUAAGUUUUUUGGGGCCAGAGUGAAAUGAAAGCUGGCAAAAGUGAAACGCCCACAAGAAAAUCUGCGUGGUGCUAGUGUGCUCUUGAAAGAAUCUAGCCAAACCACUUGGCGAAUUCCACAUACAUACAUACCUAAAUCGGUAGAAGCGAAAUUUCACCAAGAACAGGCUACAAAUCUCCCAUCGCCUGGCUAAAACUUCGAUUUCCAUUGGGAUUAGAUCGAGUGAAGCCGACUUUUGAUGGCCCGGGGGCAGCAGCAACAUCAUCAUCGGCAGCAGCAGCAGCAGCAGCAUCUGCAGCAGCAACAUCUUGACCGGCUGCUUCUUGGUUGGCCGAGAACGUGAUCGCUUUCUGGUCGAGAUCGGAGCAAGCCAACGACAUGGCGAUGUCACCUGUCUUGGAUGCGGCUGCCAGAGCCGCUGGCCGUGAUCUCAAUGGCAACGCAGCAGCAGCAGCAACACCAACAGCAACAGCAAUACGAACGGCAGCAGCAGCAACAACGCCGCGCAAAUCGAAAAAGACAAUUAUCAAUUGGCUGGUGAAUAGUGACAGUGAGAACAACAAUCGGCCGACGUGCGAUAAGGCCGGCAAAGAUAAACCAAAUCCUAAUCAAAAUCCGAAUUCGAAUAUCCAAGCGAAUCCGAAUCAAAAUUGCAGCUGCGAAUCGCGGGCAUUUCGCGAUUUCCGGGGUGUGCAAACCCUGCGAUUGUUGUGGAGCAAGCGCAUCAAAAGCGCCAGCGAGGAUCAGGGGCACUCCCACUCCAACUCCUCACCCUCCUCCUCGUUGGGCACUCUAAAGAAGUUAAACAAAAGCGUCAGUUGCCUGGUCAACGCCUUUAACAACUCGCGCGAUUGCGCCACGCCGGAAAAGUCGCUGGCAAAACGCGCGGCCAGCCUGCACAACUUGCAGGACUCGCAGACGAAGCAGCAGCAAUUGCAGCGGGAGAAGGACAACUUCUACAAGUACAAAAACGCCGAGCAGGCCAAAAUGCAGGCCAAGUUGAGAAGCAGCCGAGGCGACGAGGCGAUUUUAAACGCCAGCGAAACGCGCGCGAAACGUGACGACAGCAGCGGUUUACCUGCAGUCAAAUCGCAUAAUACAGAAGCCUUAUCAGCGGGAGAUAAGAUGGGAGGGCGGGAAAGGGAGGAGGGGGAGGGGGCGGAGGAGGAGGAGGAGGUGGUGGAACUGAGAGCCAAACGGGAGCGUAGUCGCCUUGAGGGUCUCAGUCUCAGCGCGGCGAGCGCCCAAAGUGGCGGCAGCAGCGAAUCGCUUCAAACGACCACUUCCUCCUCCACGACGACCGCCACCCACAACCCACUGACGUCAUCAACGUCGUCGACGGGUCGCUCGGGGGGACGUCGCAAAUAUAGCUUUAAAACCCAUGCUGGAAGGUCAUAUCAUCAUCAUCAGCAGCAGCAUCGUAGAUUAAGCAACAUGGAUUCAAGUGGCGGCGGCGGCAUCAGUUUGGUGGCCAAACUCACCCACCAGUUCAACGAGAUUAUCCAGAAGGACACGCGGCUCCUGGAGCAGGUGAAGCGGAACAAUGGGGUGUGGCUAUCGCGGGGAACCCACGUCUACAAGAUCGUGGAGAAAACAAACUCGGGAUCGGAGGGCAAGGGAUCACCCAGCCCCGAGGAGAACCGCAUCUCCACUGUCCAGCGGAACAUCAAGAAGUUCGAGAAGCUGGAGAAGCCAAGUGUUCCGCUGAAGAGUGAACAGCUGAUGCGGAAACAUCUCGAGCUGAUGAGGGUCAGUAAUCUUCCACGGGGUCCGCGGGUGAAAAGAAAUCUCAAGCUGCCAGCGGAAUUGUCCAUGGUCAAGGAGGAACUCAAGGUCAGCACUGCCGAGGAGCCAGCUAAGCAACCAAAGCAAGCAGCUGAAUCUCUGCCCAAUAUUCAGAGGGAUGAGCUGGAUUUAAUUUUGGGGCAGGAAGAAGCGGAGGCGGAGGAAGUGGAGGAGCUGCGUCAGAAGCAGCGGAAGCACAAGUAUGCCUCCAUAUACGAGAAACUCCGAUUCACCUUCGCGAAAGGUAGGAAAUCAGCGAGUCCGUCGCCCACAAAAGGCAGAUCAAGGGAAGAGAUAUCCGAGGAUGAGGAAACUCUCAGGGAAGUGAGAGUAAAUGAUCUACCCAAAGAAGAGGUUACCACGAAGGAAGAUUUCCAACUGGAGAUUCCCAGAGAGGUGACACCUAGAGCGGAAGACCUGGAAGAUCCCUCAACCGCCCUGCUCAUAUCGCCCUGCAUGGAGGCCGAUGCCAAAAUCCUAGAUGCCCUCGAGGCUCUAGACCAAAAGCUCAAGGUCCUCAGUCCACCGAACGAAGAUGGUGAACCCGAACUCCUGCUGGCUGCCAAUGAUGACUUCGAGCAGCGCAUCCUGCCCAACAGCUCCUUCGUUUACCAGGCGGCCAACAAGCAGAUCUCCAACAAUCAGAUCCUGCUCAACCAGGCGGUGAAUGUGACCCUCGUAAAUGCCAUCGAGGGUGAGCAGAUGAUCAUGGAGCAGAAGCAACUGAUGAAGGUCAGGGAGCGGGAGCUGGAACUGAAGGAGGAGGCGGAGGAGGAGGAGAAGGAGCCCGAAUCCCUCUACGAACCCAUCACACCUGUGCUAAUCGAUGAGACCAAGACUGAAACCCCAACUUCCAGCCUCUUUAAGAUAUCCACCAAGAAAGCGGAGAUUGUGGAGGACAUUUACCAAACGGUGGAGGAGGCAGCCACUGAGAAAAUCAAGCCCACUAACUGGCUGGAGGGCUACGAGUCCAUAGCGGGAUCCCAGGAGGCCUACGAUGGCUACGAGUCCUUUGCCGCCGAAGAGGUGGUAGCAACGCCCACAACUCCCUCGGCCACGGGUACUUUGGGCCGGAAUACCCGCGAUGAGCUGCCGGAACUGCCGAAACCCAAGAGGGUGCUGAAUAAAUCCCCCAUGCCGCUGCGUCCAGCUCCUCCGAAGCCAGAGGCCAAAGGAUCGGCGGAGGAGGAUGAGAACAUAUACGAUACGAUCAAGGGCUGCUACGAGUCCAUGCACUGCAAAACGACGUCCUCAACCGAGGGGAUUCCAACCACAGAUGCCAUUUCGCUGAGUUCCAACUGCUACGAGAGUAUCACCCAUUUCCGGAAGACUCGCGGGGCAACGGGUCAUCAUCAGAUUCAGAAUCAGAAUCAGAGUUGCAUCCAGCUGUCGAGCAGUGGCUCCACUCUGACCAUCUCCUCGGACCACAAGACCAACAGUCUGUACGAAUCCUCGCUGGCGGCCACCGGAUGCGUGGUCUACGGCAGCUCCAGUGUGGGAUGCAGGUCGUCCUUGGGCAGCAGUGCCGGGAGCAGGGACAGCGGAAAGCCGGGAGAGAAGAGAUCCUCGAUAGCGGGCUCCAGUGACAACAGCGAUGCCUGGGUGGACAUUUCGGACGGCGAGAUUGGACAGGCGACGAUGGAGGCGGCGCCCAACGAGGCCCAGUUUAUUGUUGUGCGGGAAAGGUUUAAGCCGCAUCGCACUAGGAGUCCGGAUUGGUCGAAACGCAUCAGAGACAAAAGACUGCAACAAAAGAAGGCGAUAAGCUGCAUAGAGGAUGACUCAGACCACUACUACGAGACACUGUCGCCACUCGGAAACAAACGCCAUUCGACGCAGCUGAUGCGCCACAGCCAGGAUGCGAGUCGCAGCGGAGGGGUGCGCUCCUCGCACCGCCGGAGCAAGAACCACUCGGCAUCCGCCCACACGCUGGGCGAGCACGUGGUCAUCUCGGAUGACUACGACUCCUUCGAGACGGAUAGCGACGAUCACGGCGAUGGAGAGCCCGACCAGCGGCUACGAAACCACAACGACAGCGGCGUGGAUAUGCGCAACCAUCGCCUGCCGAAGCCACCGCCUCCACAAAACCAGGUGUACGAAUUCGUGCGCAAGUUCAAGGACUUUAUCUCCAGCAAGAAAUCUCCCAAAGGCAGUCAGCAGAAGCUGUACGAGAAUACCCCGCCGGCGGCGGCCACGCAGUUCUACGUGGAGAGCAGCAGGCGAACGGAGGAGGUGUACGAAGCUACCGACUACGGACCAGAUCGUAAUCCUGCCACCAAGGGCCACCAGGAGCAGGCUCCGGUGCUGAGAGCCAAGCAGAAGAACGGCAAGAGCCUUCGCUCCCGCCUGCGCAAGAGCCUGGUCGGCUCCAGCUUCGAUACCAAGCAGCUCUCCUCGCUGGCCGCCACGCGGAGCACCUUCUAUGUGGAGGAUCCCGAAGGAUCGCUGCCUGCCCUGCCUUUGGAGCCGGAGAUCCACGGCGUUUCCGGCGAACUGGACUCGGGCUUCUCCGAGAAGAACUGCACGACGCCGUCGGCGGAGUCGCAGAAGUUCUCCACGGUGGCUCGCAAGGCCAAGAAGGAGGCGAAGGCCAGUAGGCGUCGCACCACCAUCGGCCUGCGACCGCACGAUCCUCCUCCUCCGCCGCCGCCUCCACCAGGAACAGGAACCACAGGAGCAACGGAUCCGGAGCGAGAGCAGGAGGCUGGGCAGACCACCUCGUGGUAUGCCGAAUGCGGAGUCUUCAAGCAGGCCACCAGUGCUGCCGUUUCCCCGCGUGGCGACGAACCGGUCACGCCUACGCCCAGCGGUCAUGGCGGGGUUAGCUCCUGGUACGCGGAGUCGGGCCUCUACCAGACCAGCGGCAUAUCCGUGGCCAGUUCGAGCGGCAGCUCAGGGGUCUCCACCGGCAACGAGGCGGGAAUGGGCGACGAGCUGUCCUCGGAGCCACACAGUCUGUUCUCCAACGAACCUCUGUACCAGAUGUACAGUGCCGCCAAGCUGGAGUCGAUCACCCGCGACCUGGAGGCGCAUGGAUCCUCGGAUGGCUACGAGGAGAUUGGCCAGCACGCCAAGGCUAAGAAAGAGCCGCUGGCCAAGCCUCGUCCCACUGCCCUGCAGCUGGUGGAGCCCAAGAACGGACCUUCGCGCACCUUGUGGUGCGAAAUCCCCGAGGUCAUACACUCUUGCAUACUGCCCACCCUGACCAGUCGGGAGCGCAGUCUGCAGGAGGCCAAGUUCGAGAUCAUCACGUCGGAGGCCAGUUACCUAAAGUCGCUGAACCUGCUGCGUCGGCACUUCAUGAACCACAGCGCCUUCGUGGACACGUCCGUGCUGAGUGCCAAGGACCGGAAGGCGCUCUUCUCGUACAUUGUGCCCGUGCACGAGUGCUCGGAGCGGCUGCUCACGGAACUGGAGGCCUGCUGGCAGGACAACAUCAUGCUGCUGGGCCUGAGUCGCUGCAUCUACGAGAUUGCCGAGCGGCAUUUCCACGUCUACGUGGCCUUCUGUGAGCAUCAGGGCCGGAUGGACCGGACGCUGCGCCGCCUGAAGGAGUCCAAGGACUCGCUGGCCUUCCAGCAGCACCUCGAACGGCUGGAGGCCAGUCCCAGCUGCUGUGGCCUCAAUCUGCACUCGUUCCUGAUGCUGCCCAUGCAGAGGAUCACCCGCCUGCCGCUCCUCAUCGAUGCGGUGUUCAGCAAGGAGUCGCCUCUGAAUCGCGAGGAGUACGAGGGAUGGAAACUGACGCUGGCGCUUGUCCAGAAACUGGUGGGCCAGUGCAAUGAGGCGGCCAAUCGCUGGGAGCAGGCCUUCGAGCUGGAACGGAUUGCCCGCCAGCUGGAGUUCCCCUCCCAUGUGCGGGCACUGGCCAUUGCCCCCGUGGGCGUGCCCAGGGCGGGCUCGAAGCCGCGGUAUCUGGUCAAGCGCGGCGAGCUCACCCACCUGAUGUGGCGCGGCGAGGACGCCAAGUUGACCUUCGGCAAGCGCCUGACCAAGGCCAGCAUCUACGCCUUCCUCUUCUCGGAUCUCCUCCUGCUGUGCAAGCGGCGUGGCGAGUCCAGCUUCACUGUUUUCGACUAUUGCCCCCGGAGCAUGCUGACCCUCGCCGCCGGCGAUUCGCUGCCCCAGCUGCCCACCAAGGACCUCAAGGACCAGGUGGGCAAGAACCUCAUCCUGAUGACGCUGCUGGAGAACAGCGAUCGCAAGACCGUCGAGCUGGUGCUGUCCUGCCCCUCAGUUUCCGAUCAGCAGCGCUGGCUGCAGGCCAUGAGACCGCCCGAGGCGGAGACGCCCGGCGAGAAGCUGUACGAGUCCUGGGACUGUCCUCAGGUGGUGGCCAAGCAUGGCUACGAGUCCGAUGAGCCGGACGUCCUCCAACUGGAACUGGGCGACGUCGUCAAUGUUUCCCGCAAAUUGCCGGAUGGCUGGUACCAGGGCGAGAGGAUACGGGAUGGCGCCGUCGGCUGGUUCCCCGGCAGCUACACCGAGGAGUUGAACUCGGCCCAUGUCCGUGCUCGCAACCUGAAGCAACGGCACCGCCUGCUCACCUUCACGGCGACCUACCUGGAGUCACAGAAGGGCAAGUGA